AAUGUUACAGCAGUAUUUUGUGACUCUUUCAGGUCUUUCUAACAGUAGCUGUUGGGGUGUGAAUUACACCUCUAGAAGAGUUUGUGCUUUAGUGGGAUCAACAGUAGAUAUUCACUCUUCAUACUCACAUCCCACUGGAUAUACAGUAGAGAAAACAUACUGGCAUUUGGAAUACAGUCAUUUGGAUCUGCGUGAGGAUCAUCAGUUUUCUGGUCGUGUGGAGUAUCUGGGAAACACACUGAGAAUAAAAAAUGCCAGCAUGAGUGACACUGGAAGAUAUCAGUUCAGGGUCAUCACUAACACAUCACAUGUAGUUUCUGGUUCUCCUGGAGUCUAUCUUACUGUUACAGGUACACGGGUGAGAAGCAGUCCAGACCCUGUGAUAGAUGGAGAAAAAGUGAUAUUAAGCUGUUCAACCAAAUGCCCUCUGGAUAGGAAAUAUACUUACAUCUGGUAUAAGAAUGGACAACAGGUAACAGAUGGAUUGACAUUAUUAAACAAGCUGUACCUGGACUCAAUCAACAGUGAGGAGCUACAAGAGUAUUCCUGUACUGUAAGAGAUCCAAUGGACAAAACAAAUGCUUAAAGGGGACAUAUUAUGAAAAUCUGACUUUUUCCAUGUUUAAGUGCUAUAAUUGUGUCCCCAGUGCUUCUAUCAACCUAGAAAAUGUUAAAAAGAUCAACCCAAUAACUUAGUUUUGGUAAACCAUUUUCUGCAAGCAUGUGAAAAAUAGGUCAUUGUAAUUUGGCCCUUAUUGUGAUGUCAGAAUAAGGUAAUACCGCCCCCUUUAUCUGCACUAUCCAACCACAGCACAACCAUUUAGUAUGGAGAGAAAGAGAGAGAGAAAAUAUUUGACAGCACAAUUGAGUUUCAAUUGCAACAAACCACCAUCAUUGUGAUCAGUGGUUGCACUUCAUCCGCUCAUUUGCAUUUUAAAUGACACACCCAAAACGGCACACUUUUGCUCAGACCUAUUUUAGACUUAGUUUUCAUCUUAAAAAAAUCUCAUAAUAUGUCCCCUUUAAAUACAUAAAACUGUAUGAUACUGAUUAAAACAAGGCUUGUCUUUCUGAAGGUUUGCUACUGUAAAUGUUUUAAUAAAGCUUUUUGGUACCUGCCUUUUUGAGAUAUUUUUUCACAUAUUAUAUUUGUAUUAAGACAUUCAUAAUCGUCAGAUAAAUGUUUUGAAUAUUUCUCUGCUUUCUGUUUUGACUGCAGUAUGUGGUAACACUUUCUAUGAAGUCUGUGUUUAUAAUGCAUUAUUGCAGGUAUAUUCCCUUAUAAUAAACAUUAUUAUACUGUAUGUUGUAUUCUCUAAUAAAUAAUCAGUAUAACAGUUACAAUACAUUAUUUGUGGUUGUACCAUUUAUGAGUAUGAUGAUUUAUAACACAUGACGAACUCCACAUUGUUAUCUUGUAUUAUAAGUACACGUUGUCAUGUAUUUUAAAUUUCAUAUAUUUGCAUUGUAUAAUUGUCACUUGACCUAAAGCAGUAAAUAAACCAUAAGUCUUCUUAUAAACAUCCACAAUGCUUUACACACAAAUAACUGAAACAAACAGAAGGCUACAGAUUGGGCUUUAAUGUUCUUUAAAGUGAAAACGUGUCAGAAAUCUCCAACAUAUGUUUGUUACCAGCCUUACUCCUCUAUAGUGGGUCAAUAUUUAUUAAAAUGGCACUCAUAAUACUGGCAAAGGCUUUAGUAGAGCUUUUGUAGAGCAUCAAUGAUCAGUGUACUGGCGAUGUCUUGUAAACUCAACUAUAUCUUUAGUCAAACCUGGCCAGAAAAAAAUGUUUACUAAUUCUGUGACACAUUUUGAGUCGUCCCCGAUGAGCUGCCCAAAGUUUUGUUUGUCCCAUUGUUAAACGUGUCCUUCAUACAUUAAAAGAAAGAACUAUUUGCUGAUUUCGAUACAGAAGAUUAUUAUGACAAAAAGUAUCUAAAAUAAAAGCCUAUAAUAUUAAUGUAUACUCUUCUAUAAAUUAUAUAAAAUUUUAUAAAUGAUAUAAAUUAUAGACUAUAAUACAAUACACUAAUGGUCAGAUUUCAUUUUUUAUCUCUUUCUGUGUGUUUGUCACUGUAAGACUCUAGUGCUGCAAAUGUCUGUGUGCAGAUCAGCAGAAUUGCUGGAGUGAUGUCACAACUCUCUUUAUGACAUCAUCACCUAGCAACAGUCUCUCAGCAGUGACAUCAGUGAUGCAGUGAUGUCAUAUACAGUAACAUAUUAAUGACAGCUCAGUGUAAAUAAUCUAAUGUUCAAAUAGAUGAAUUAUUCAUUGAAGUAUUUUCACAUUGAAGUAUUCAAGUACUUUACGGUUCUAGAUGGCGGCGCGCGCGGUCGCAGCGGCCUCUACAGCUCCGAUAGAGGGUGUAAAUGUCGGUGUUAAAUGUUUGUUGCAGUAACCAAACACGGGUUAUCAGGGAAAUAGGGAAUCUGGUUUUAAAUAUAGCAGUGAAGCUCUUAAGAUUUUGAGCUCAAACAGCAGCUAUGGAACACCAAUUUCAAAACUAUUAACAGCGAAGCUACAGGAGCUAGGACUACUACGCAGUCAAAGGUCCACCUCGGCGUCGCCUGACUCAUCUGCCCGGGAGGUAAGAGACCGAAAGCGGUGCGGAAGGACCCGGAAGCGAGGCAAGCGUUCGGGUGUUUGCUGGAGGCUAAAAGCUAACUCAAGCCGUCCAGCCCUCCCGUCAGUGCUAUUGGCUAAUGUACGCUCGCUGGACAACAAACUGGAUUAUCUCAGACUUCGAAUGACUACACAGUCUGAAACAAGGAACUGCAGUGUGUUUAUUUUUACAGAAACGUGGCUUCAUAACAACAUUCCCGACACAGCUAUUUGGCUACAGGGGCGGACAUUGUUCCGGGCAGAUAGGAACACUGAGACCUCCGGUAAGACCCGCGGUGGCGGGCUCUGUGUUUAUAUUAACAACGACUGGUGUGUAAACAGCUCUGUAGUCGCUACUCACUGUUCACCACAGCUAGAGUUUUUAAUGGUGAAAUGCCGGCCGUUUUACUUACCCCGGGAAUUCACUGCAGUCAUGGUUGUGGGAGUGUAUAUUCCUCCAAGUGCUAAUGCUAACGAGGCGCUGCGUGAAUUGUAUGAUACCAUCAGUGGGCAACAAACAGCUCACCCCGACGGUUUUUUUAUUGUUGCUGGGGAUUUCAAUCAUGCCAACCUGAAAACUGUAGCACCAAAGUUUUAUCAACAUGUGAACUUUGCCACGAGAGGUAAAAAUAUGCUGGAUUUAUGUUAUACCAACAUUCGAGACUCAUACAAAGCAAGCCCUCGUCCCCAUUUAGGAUACUCGGACCACCUUUGUGUACUGCUCGCUCCAGCAUACAGGCCGGUGGUGAAACGCUCUAGACCAGUACAGAAAACCAUUAGAGUUUGGCCGGAAGGAGCUGUUGCAGCCCUGCAGGAUUGCUUUGAGUGCACUGAUUGGGACAUGUUUAAGGAAGCAGCUAGUUACGAUCAGCAAACAUGCCUGGAUGAAUACACAGACAGUGUGACUGGGUACAUCGAGAAGUGUAUCGAGGAUGUCACUGUUUUAAGGACUGUAACUACGCGCGCCAAUCAGAAACCGUGGCUGACAGCAGAGACCCGUGCCCUACUUAGGGCAAAAGAUGCUGCCUUCAGGUCAGGGGAUGGAAGGCUCCUCCGAGUAGCAAGGGCUCAGCUCUCCAAGGCCAUCAGGAAAGCAAAACGGAUGUAUGCGCAGAAGAUAUACAACCACUUCUGUGAUGCCAAGGACCCCAGACGUAUGUGGCAGGGUAUCCAGGCCCUAACAGACUACAAAGUUACAACACAGGUCAACAAUAGUGACGCCCACCUCCCAGACAAGUUAAACAACUUCUAUGCACGGUUUGAAGCCAUGAACAGCACGCGAGCUCACAAGUCCACACCCACCCCUGAAGAGCAGGCAUUGCAUCUGGACCCAGCCGACGUGAGGAGGACAUUAUCCAGGGUCAACCCACGCAAAGCUGCAGGUCCGGACAACAUACCGGGGAGAGUGCUCAGGGACUGUGCCGACCAGCUAACAGGUGUUUUUACAGACAUCUACAACAUCUCCCUGAGCCAGGCUGUGGUCCCGGCAAGCUUCAAAAAGGCCAUUAUUAUUCCGGUGCCGAAGAAGUCAGUAGUGACAUGUCUAAAUGACUACCGCCCUGUGGCGCUGACUUCCAUUUUGAUGAAGUGCUUCGAGCGUCUGGUCAAGAGGCAUAUUCACUCUUCACUCUCCGCCUCACUGGACCCUUUGCAAUUCGCAUAUCGCUCCAACCGCACUACUGACGACGCCAUCUCCUACACACUGCACUCUGCUUUAUCACAUCUGGACACUAAGGAUGCAUAUAUCAGAAUGCUGUUCAUCGAUUUCAGUUCCGCAUUUAAUACCAUCAUCCCCCAGCAGCUGUUUAGUAAACUUAGACUUCUGGGCAUUAGCACCCCCACCUGCAACUGGAUUCUAGACUUUCUGAUAGAGAGAACACAGUCUGUGCGCAUUGGCAGCAGAACAUCAGGUUCCAUCACACUGAGCACAGGUGCCCCUCAAGGUUGCGUUCUCAGCCCAUUAUUGUUCACACUACUCACUCAUGACUGUACAGCCAAGUUUGAUACCAACCUUAUUAUCAAGUUGCCGAUGACACAACAGUGGUUGGCCUCAUUAGUGGCGAUAACGAAGCCCGAUACAGAGAGGAGGUGGAAUUACUGCUAGGUUGGUGCAAAAACAACAACUUAUCCCUUAAUGUGGAUAAAACACAGGAGAUGGUUGUUGAC